AUGGAUCUAGUAGUGAAAGUUAAGGGACACAGUGGAGAUGUAAUAAAUGAAAUGGUAGAUAAAUUAGCAAAGAAUGCAUCAUGGGAAAAAAAAAAAGAAAUUGAAAGAAAAGAUAAAUUAAAUAUAUCUGAAAAUAUGAAUUGGUACUUCAAAUUCUCUUACCAACAAGCUAAACAUCUAAGACAAGAUAAACAACAAUUAAAAAAGAAUAAUUUACCAGAUUCACAGAAAAACCAAACUGUAAUUCUUAAUGAUAUUCAAUCUAAACUGAAUUCAAUACAACAGAAAAAUCUAUCAGAUGAAGAUUCCAUCUUAUUAAAAUGUUACAAAGUAGAAAAAAAAGCUCAUAACCAGAUGUGUUUAUUGAUUAAUAACAAUUGGUGGUAUAGUUGGGCUUAUAAAAAGACAAAAAAUAUUGUUAACAAUAUUGUUAUAGAUUUAACAACAACAUAAUUUGGAUCAUUUUACUUUAAUUUUU